CAAUUCCCAAAUUUUUAUUGUAACUUAACCCCACACAUAUCUCUGUUUCUUUCUCCCUGAGGCGUACACAUUGCAUUGUAUAUUGGUUUUCUUCAAAGAAGCCUCUGAAUGGGAAGUGUUUCAAGUGGAGGACUUCUCUUGAGGUGGGCGUCAAGUAGUUAAUUCGAGGAAAAUGGUGAGUCAAUUAGUUCACAAGUUGCUAGGUGCAUUAUGAGAUCUUAAAGCUCAAUGGAAGGUGGGUUUGGGUUGGAGGUAAUAGGCGCAAAAAAAGUAAUUGAGGGAGGUGGUGGCUGGGAACUUGUUGUCAAAGCAUGAUGGAAGAACGAUGAAUGAAGGAAAAGAAUGGAGGGGAGAGGAACUGUGUUGAAGGAAAGAGAAAAUUGAAAGAAUGGAGAAGGUAGAAGAGAAAAAGAGGCAUAUGUGACCUGAUAUAAAAAAUGAGUCAACAAGGAAAGCAUAGAAUACUAAUGGUGUCCGACUUUUUCUACCCCAAUUUUGGUGGAGUAGAGAAUCACAUUUAUUAUCUGUCGCAGUGCUUGAUAAAGCUUGGCCACAAGGUGGUUGUUAUGACCCAUGCUUAUAAAAAUCGUUCAGGAGUGCGGUACAUGACUGGUGGAUUGAAAGUAUAUUAUGUUCCAUGGAAACCGUUUCUUAUGCAGAACACAUUGCCUACAUUUUACGCAACACUCCCAAUCGUAAGAACAAUUUUGAUCCGAGAAAGGAUAUCAAUAGUGCAUGGACACCAAGCCUUUUCAACUCUAUGUCACGAAGCUCUAAUGCACGCUCGCACAAUGGGAUACAAAGUUGUAUUUACCGAUCAUUCCCUUUAUGGUUUUGCUGACGUGGGGAGCAUUCAUAUGAACAAGGUUUUGCAAUUUACUCUAGCAGAUGUGAGCCAGGCUAUAUGUGUUUCUCACACGAGUAAGGAAAAUACAGUUUUGAGGUCUGGACUGCCACCUGAAAGGGUUUUUGUUAUUCCAAAUGCUGUUGACACGGCUAUGUUCAAGCCUCCUCCAAACCGACUCAGCAGUGACGAAAUUGUUAUUGUUGUGAUAAGUCGGUUGGUUUACCGGAAAGGGGCAGAUCUGCUUGUUGAAGUCAUCCCUGAAGUAUGCAGAUUGCAUCCAAAUGUACGUUUCAUUGUUGGUGGAGAUGGACCUAAACGAGUGAGGUUGGAAGAGAUGAGGGAGAAGCACUCUCUUCAAGAUCGGGUAGAUAUGUUGGGUGCUGUUCCACAUGCUCAAGUACAGUCAGUUUUGGUGAAUGGACAUAUCUUCCUAAACAGUUCCUUAACAGAAGCAUUUUGUAUAGCCAUAUUGGAAGCUGCUAGUUGUGGACUAUUGACUGUCAGUACACGCGUGGGUGGUGUCCCAGAGGUUCUUCCAGAUGAUAUGGUUGUUCUUGCAGAGCCAGAUCCUACUGACAUGGUAAUGGCAAUCACCAAGGCAAUAGACUUGCUUCCCCAGAUUGAUCCACAAGCAAUGCACAAUCGUAUGAAGAAACUCUAUAGUUGGCAUGAUGUUGCCAAAAGGACAGAGAUCGUAUAUGACCGGGCUUUCAGAUGUUCCAAUCAGAAUCUCUUAGAACGUCUACCGAGGUACCUCUCUUGUGGGGCUUGGGCUGGCAAACUCUUUUGCAUGGUCAUGAUCAUUAAUUUUUUGUUCUGGGGUUUCUUGCAACUGUGGCAGCCUGAUAAGGACAUUGAGGUCGUGCCUGAUAUUGAUCUCACUAGCUCUCAAAGUGGAGAACACAUAUACGGUCCCUGUGCGAAUGAUUGUUAGAAAUCGUUGCUCGCCUAAACAGUCAGGUUUAUUAGUCUGGAGAAGAUCGACAUCCUUUUUUAGCCAUACAUCGUCACUUUUUACAUUUUUAAUCCCGGAUAAUUUGUAUUUAUAUAGUGCGGAGGGGUGGCUGGUCCCCUUCUAUUCUAUCGCUUGCUGUUUGAUUUGGUUCCGUCUGUCUGUCGUAAGAAAGUAGUUACGACAAGUACUGAUUGUUGUAU